AUGCCCAUGAGCGUUCAGGAGCUGGAGGUGUUGGUGGCAUUGUGCAAGGCAGCACACUCGGUCCACACCACGAAAGAGGCCGCAGCAUUACUCCGACACCUCGCUCCCCACCUUCCCGAAGCGCACCGACAGCCUUUCGCUGCUGCUGCCGCGCCACUGCAUCCGCAUCUCCCGCCCUGGGACACACUUUCCUACCACUUGACCACUGCUGUUCUCGCACUUGCCCUCAACCACGCCUCGCUGCGGCCAGACGCCUGCUCCUGCAUCGUCGACACCAUACAAGAGCUGUCCGCGAGUGCCGAGCGCACCGAGUGCUUGAAGCCUGUGCCAGAAGGAGAAGGCGAAGGCGAAGGCGAGUACGAGAUCACCCAUCAGACGCUGGACGUCAUUCGUCUGCAUGUCUCGCUGCUCGCCUUCUUCAAUGCCAUCGCGAAAUCCGUGCGUGUCUGGAGUCCCGAACAGCGCGUGGCCUUGCUGCCCCAGCUCCGCCGUCUGCUCUCGGAGAGCUUCUUGCUGUCUCUGGAGCGCGCGCUCUCCGCCAUCCGCAAUGCGCGCACCACCAGCAGAGCGGUCAAGGAAUGGAAACGAUGGAUCCGCCACUAUUCGGCGGACGCGCGGCCGCUGGGCGCCACGCUUCUCGAGCAGGCCUUCAUGAACGUCGUCGAGGAGAGCGUGUUGGCUCUGCUGCCCACGCCCGAGCCUCUGACCGCGCCGCUCGUGCUGGACACCCUGCUCACCCACAAUCCUCGACGCUAUCGCAAUCCCAUCCACGCCUCCAAUGCCCACGUCGACCACGUGACGCACAUCAUCUCCGACGAGAUCCGGUUCCUCGAUGCCGACGCUGACUAUCUCACGCUCGGCUCCAUCUGGCAGCAGAGGCUUGCCCGAGAAGUCAAAGCAUCCGCUCUGCGAAGCUUCUUGUGCUGCUGCAUUCUCAACGGCGACACUCCGAACGACCAUGUUCUCUUGGAUUGGUUGAAUGCGAUCACAUCCGAUCCAUCGCAGAUGGCUGAUGAAGAUCUCGCCAAAACUGUGCUCAAGUGUAUGGCUGUUCUCGCCAACAUCUCCGAACCCGUCGGCACCACCCUUACGCGAUCCCUGCCCAGAUUGAUUGUGAACGGGAGAAUGACUCCGACCACGUCAGCUGUAGCUUGCGAAUGCCUUGCCCGCCUUCUUAGACCGCUGUCUCAGGACGUGGUCAUCAGCACGCUCUACAGUCUGGGCAACGUCUUGAGCGCUGACGCGGAUGCUCAUGGAAACAGCAAAUCCUCCAUCUUUGAUGCCGGCUUCAACUUCAGCCAGAACAACUUCUCCUCUCACAAAGGCCUUGGCAGCGCCAUCUCUCUCGACUUCAGUGACGAAGAAGAGACCGCAACCGCAUAUGGCACCGUCGUCGAAGCCAUUGUCUCCAUCGCUGUCGCUCGUAGCGAAGCACAGCUGACUGCCCUGGUGCUGUCAAUGCUGUUCCAGAAGAUCGGAAAGAUCAGUCCCGCCGUCGACGCCAGAAUCAUCAUCGAGACAUCAGCGCUUGGUGUAUGCGGUGGCGCGAGCGAGUUGAAAGGCUUACUUCGUCUUUAUGCCCGUGUCGGCAGCGAUGCUGUCAUUCAGAGUACUUCGCCCUUAACUGCCGCUGUCUUGGAAGCGCGACUGCGCUUGGCCAGAUACAUCAAGAAGGACUCUCCGUUCUUCGAGAUCUACUUGACCCAUAUGUUGAGUCUUUGCGUCAGCAGCGGCGACGUGGCAGGCGAGAAGCCUGUCGAUCGAAAGCUCACAUCGAAGACCAUCGCCCAACUCUUCAAGCCAAUGGCCUUACUGGCCUCAUUCGAUACCGUCAACCAACCCAAGCUCGAGGACGAAGACGAAGUGCUUUCGCUCGGCAGAGAUGCGUGGUUCAACUUUGCUGUUCAUGGUUUCACUUUGGCAGCCAGCAACACCAAAGUCCACGAGGACGACCUGCAGACUAUGGCACUAUACAGCUUGCCCCUCGUUGACGAAGCACGCGUCGAUAUGCCCAACAGCAGCAUUGAUCUCAACCCCAUUUUACGCCGCGGUGCUGGAGACUCUACGCAUCGACAACAGAAGCAGGCUCUCGCCGCAAUACUGCCACAAUGCGAAUUUGACAUCAACAAGCUCAGCUAUCGCGAAAGUGUAUUUGUGAAUGCCGCGUUGCUCGUGUCCACUCUCCGUGCCCGUGGUGGUGACAGCACUGCCGUACUGCCAUACUUCCUCGAGAACAAAGUCAAGACGACAGAGCACCUUUGCAACUGCGUCCUAGCUGUGUCUAACCACAGUGUCGAUACAUAUCUGCAGAACGCCUUGUCGGGCAGGCGGCAAGACUUUGCAGCGCCACAAGUGGCAUUGCAAUUGGCAACACUCUUCGAAGGCUGCUGCAACCGCAUCGCAAAGGUUCAGCAAGCAGCGAUAGCAGCGUGCGAUCGCAUCAUCAACCAGAUACCUUCCGCAUUGUGCCAGAGGGCGUCGCUCUUCGCUCUACUGGAGCUGCUCUCGCUGAUGUGGAAAGCUUGUCUGGAUACAGAAACGGACGAGUAUGCCUUCAAAUCGUACUAUAGCUCAUCUAAAGGCAACGUCAACAUUCAGCUCUCCGACGAUGCGCAGUUCCGGCAGCAAACACUGAACGACUUCCACCAGCGCUGUCGAGUGUGGGUAGCCAGAGCCAUCGACGUCUCGCCGCUCGACGUCAAAGGCAUGUUGCAGGCUUAUCUGGAAGACUACGAGGAUGACGGAGCAUACGGUCACAUUGCUCUUGGCCGGUCUUUUGCCGUCGAAAUGGGAUCAAUUAUACCGGGAAGCGACCAGCGUCUGACAAGUCUUGAAGGUCACAAUCAAGCGGUGAACACGGCCUCGGACUUCAUUGCGCAAUACACUACCCGCCAGGAAUAUCGCCAUCUCGAGGACAAGCUACAAGUGGACGACGACUUUGCGAUCGUAGACUACAACGGCAACUCGCGCCUGACACUCCUGGAUGUGGAGAAGCCUAUGGAAGAUGAAGCAGUCGAAUUGAGGAAGCUUGCUCAACGUAUCGAGAGCAAUGAGGCUGUCCAUCCCGAAGAAGUCCGAGCAAUUUUGCGCAAUGCAGCUGGCAUCCUAAGUCGAAGCCUGUCUGAUCGGGUUGCGCUGAUCAAGGACCUUGUCUCAGUCCCGUUCAUGAUCUUCACCAAACAGUCGAUCAAUCUGGGCAUCUCAUUAUGGCUCGGCAUCAUCAAGGAGAAUCCAAGCCUGGAGUCGAGAGUACUCGUGGAAGUUGCAGCUGGAUGGGAAGCCUCGGUGCGUCUAAAAAAGGGGUUCUUCUAUCCAAAACUUUCUCACCUGGAUCCAUUCUAUGUCAAGGAAGAAUUUGCCCCCUCCAGCUGGGAGGCUAUCAAGCGGCGUGAACAGAUUACGCAAAAUUUGGUCGCACCACAUCUGCGCCUGACACAUUUCCUGUCAAGCCACUUCAGUGCUUCUCGACUCACAUCGCCGGCUACUGAAAAGGUCCAUUCCAGGCUGAUGCGAAUCACAAUGUUGGCCAUGAAGAAAACCGUUAGUCAGCCGCUGGCUCGCGAGGCUCACUUUCACAUGAUCCUUCUCGCGACCAAGAUCCUGAAGUAUUGCACCAGAUCAGACUCCACUGCUCAAUGGAGACUGAAGGAUGCCAUUCUCUCCGCUGGAUUGGCUUGGUUUGCGGGACCGCCAAAAUGGUCAUUCGGUAGCAACAAGUUGCAAGUCAAGGCGGAGAAGAAGUUGUUGACCGAUGUCACUAGCAUGCUGAGUAGUAUGGAGGGUAUCGGUAAAAAGACGUCACGAGCCUUGCCUUCCUUGAUGCCGAAGCAGAAGUUGCUACUCGAAUUGAUCAAGCACGAGCUUGGCAAGCUCUCGGUAUGGUCAGCACCGCUCGGACAAGACUCCAGAAGCAUAGCACCUGGCCACAGCGAGCUCCAUCAUCAGGAGUCAUUGGUUGUGUCGCUCGUCGACGUGGCAUGGGCUGAAGAUCCUCGUGUGGCGAUACAGCUGGCGACACGCUUCUCUGAUUCUCAGCAAAUCAAGCUCAGUCUGCGGCAAUACCUCCUCCGCCACCCAGAGAAGGCCAUUCACGAGGCCGACGCGCUCUACUUACUGCUUGGAUCAGAGCUUCCGUCAGAUCUCAAGACACAGCUCCGGUACCUGCUAUUCUGGGCUCCGACCAACCCCAUGGCUGCCGUCACCUACUUUCUGCCGGCCUACAAGAAUCAUCCUCUUGUCAUACAGUAUGCUGUGCGAGCUCUUGAGAGUCACCACGUGGACGUCACUUUCUUCUAUGUUCCCCAAGUGGUGCAAGCUUUGCGAUACGACCAACUUGGUUAUGUCGAGCGCUACAUCAUCGAAACGGCCACCUUCUCGCAGCUUUUCGCGCAUCAAAUCAUCUGGAACAUCAAGGCCAAUGCCUACAAGGACGAGGACUCGGAAGUGCCUGAUCCAGCAAAACCCAUAUUCGACAAGGUCAUGGACGAGCUGAUUGGAAGCUUCGCGAGUGAGGACAAGGACUUCUACGAACGCGAAUUUGCCUUCUUUGGCAAGGUCACUGGCAUCUCCGGUACGCUCAAGCCACUCAUCAAACGUCCCAAGCCGGAAAAGAAGGCCAAGAUCGAGGAAGAACUCCGUAAGAUUCAGGUCGAUGUCGGAGUCUACCUGCCCAGUAAUCCUGAUGGCGUCCUCAUCGGUAUUGAUCGCAAGUCAGGCAAACCACUCCAGUCUCAUGCCAAGGCUCCGUUCAUGGCUACUUUCCGAAUUCGCAAGGAAGAAGGCGAUGCACCCACAGACGAGAAGCGCGCGGCCGGCGAACAGUUGCAGCACAAGCGUCGCACCUACGAGGUCUGGCAAUCAGCUAUCUUCAAGGUUGGCGACGACUGCCGCCAAGACGUCCUCGCCCUCCAAUUGAUCGCCGCCUUUCGAGGUAUUUUCAACCAUAUGGGCCUCGACGUUUACGUCUUCCCAUACCGCGUCACAGCCACAGCGCCCGGUUGCGGUGUCAUCGAUGUCCUCCCUAACUCUGUCUCCCGAGACAUGCUGGGUCGCGAAGCCGUCAAUGGACUCUAUGAAUACUUCCAAUCUAAGUAUGGCUAUGAAGACUCGAUCCGGUUCCAAGAAGCUCGCUCCAACUUCAUCAAAUCCAUGGCUGCUUACAGCAUCAUCAGCUACCUCCUUCAGUUCAAAGACCGUCACAACGGAAACAUCAUGGUCGACGACGCGGGUCACAUCCUCCAUAUCGACUUCGGUUUCUGCUUCGAUAUCGCUCCUGGUGGCAUCAAAUUUGAACGCGCACCAUUCAAGCUUACACCGGAAAUGGUUGCAGUCAUGGGCGGCAAGAACUCACAGGCUUUCAAGCAAUUUGAAGAACUGUGCGUCAAGGUGUUCCUGGUGAGUCGCCAAUAUGUUGAGCAGCUGAGUCAUAUCGUGAUGGUCAUGUUGGAUUCCGGUCUGCCUUGUUUCAAACCUCAGACGAUUCAGCAUUUCAAGGAGAGGUUUGUUCUGGAGAAGAGCGAACGCGAGGCUGCGGACUUUGUGAGGAAGUUGGUGCAUUGGUCCGAGAGAAGUUAUUCUACGGGUGUUUAUGAUUACUUUCAGCUGCUCACGAAUGGCAUUCCGUAUUAGGCAACUGAAUUCGGAGGAGGUGGGACUGUGGUGAUGCGAGGAGGCAAUGUUGAUGCAGAUUUGAUACCCUAAUGAUUUUGCAUCCUUUG